AUGGCGCAGGGGCAGGGGCAGCAGAGAGCCUCAUGGAGGCCAGGCGCAUCUACAGUGAAGGCCACCUUGGUGCAAGGCCCAGCGCACGCCGCCUCCCAGCAGCUGUUCUUCGAGCAGCGCAGAGCCGCCAAGCGCGGCCCCCCGACACCGGCCUUUUCCUCAACGGGGCUGGCCACCCCAACCGGAGACAACUUUGGGCCAAAGGGACCAGCCGCCUCAGGGAGUACUCCGCCGGCAACGCGCGACACUGGUCUUUUUCAGCCCAUGCACUACCAGCAGGAGACGGCCUUUGUAGCCACAGCCCACUCCGCCGGUGUCAACGCGAACAACCCGACAGAGAUGGCCGCCUGGAUGAAGGAAACGAUUUCCACCAGGGCGCAGGUCCCACAUUACCACACCGCCGUGAUUCGCCCAGAGCUCUACAAUUUGUUCAACCAAGUUGAGGCAGCAUUGGUGGCGCUGGACGAUAGACUACUACGCCAAACCAAGGAGUUAGCCUGGAUGGCUUCCGAGAACAGAGCCCUCCAGAAACAAAGCGCUGCAUUGAUGGUCAUUUUGACCGGCUGGGACACGAGCAUGUCACCCUCCGAACGGCUCUUCAUGGUCAACUGGAUGCUCGAGCAGAUUACCCACGUCCAAGCCUCUUUGCAGCAGAGAGGGUGGGCCAACUUCGACGGCGAGUACAAGUACCUCAACAUCCUCUCGGCAGACCCGUCUACUCCGCCGGCAGGGGCGCAGAAGUGGAGUUCUGUAACGCUACUCAGCUUCAAGUCCUGGGAUUUGAGAAAGGCGUUCAUGGAGGCAUAUGGUGGCACUCAAGGUACCCCGCUGUACAAGGACGCGCGCACUCCAGUACCCCGCCACCACAUCCGGGCUACACCUUCAAGCCCUCAAUUCCAACGCAAGUUGGAGAUCCCCAUCCGAGUACUCCUCCAGGCCCUCAACCUCAAGGAGGAGACCGAGCCCCGCCAGGUGGUGAUCCUAUGGAACGCUUACGGUGAUGGCAUUCUCGAGAUCACCAAGGACAUCUCCGAUUGGCUCGCCACUACUCCGCCGGACGAGUUGAUGACGGAAGAGGCCACGAUUUGGUCCUACUGCUGGAACAAGAUCGACUUCGGGGUCCAGCAAGAGAUCGACGCAGCGGAGCGCGACGACUUCGCCAACGCCAGGGCUGCAGCAAAGGGCACGGGAAAGGGGAUGCUCGCUGGAAAGGGGUCCCGUCACUGCACGGCCCCGAUGAUUUACUCCGCCAGCUCGAUGCCCUACCCGAUCGACCUCGACAUCAGACUGGUGUCCCAAGUGGCCUACGUUUGGGACGAGUAUUGUGAUAAGUUUGGCGAAAACAACCGCAAAUGCGGUGACUACCGCCAGGCUACUUUUUCCGGAGCCCCGGUUACGACCACUCCGCUUCUCACGGCCCCAACGGCCUGA